AUGUCAUCGAACUACGACACCUAUUCAUUAGGCGACUUCAAGCUGAAGAAUGGCGGCAUGAUACCAAAUGCUAGUAUAGCUUACAAGACAUUCGGUGAAUCGACCAACCCAGCCGUCAUCUAUCCUUCAUGGUAUUCCGGGCUGAUCUCCGACAACGAGUGGCUGAUCGGAAAAGACAAGACCCUCAAUCCGGACAAGUACUUUAUUAUCAUCACAGCGCUAUUCGGCAACGGCCAGUCCAGUAGUCCCAGUAACAUGCCCGAUGUUCGUCCUUGGCCUGAGGUACUCUUCUACGACAACGUCAAAGCACAGCACCAGCUUGUGACCAAGAAGCUCGGCAUCAAGCAUGCUCGCGCAGUACUGGGCUGGAGUAUGGGAGCUGGUCAGACAUAUCAGUGGGCUACCCAGUACCCAGACUUCAUGGACUUGGUGGUGCCAUUCUGUGGCUCGGCGAAGACAGCUCUUCAUAACCAAUCUAUGCUCGAGGGCGUGAAGUCGGCCGUCCUUGCCGGCAAGGGCGCUGUAUCCGGAGGUGUUUGCAAAGGUGAGGCUAACGCGGGAGCAUGCCGUGCAUGGUCGGAGGAAGAAAAGACUGUUGGACUCAAAGCUUUGGGUCGUGUGUACUCUGGCUGGGGUUUUAGCCAGCCGUUCUACCGCCAACGUCUUUACGAGUCCGUACUCGGCUUCAAGGAUAUCGAAGAUUUCAUGCUGAAUUUUUGGGAGCCGUGGGCAUUGUCGAAAGAUCCCGAUAACAUGGUGGCCAUGCUAUACACGUGGCAAGCAGGUGACUGCUCGGCUCAGGAGCCAUACAAUGGCGAUUUUGACGCCGCAAUGAAAGGGAUCAAGGCUAAAGCAUUGGUACUUCCCGCUCAGACGGAUCUGUACUUCCCACCAGAGGACUCGGAAGACGAGGUAGCGCGGAUGAAUCCAGGCAUUGGCAAGUGUAUACCGUUUCCCAGCAUUUGGGGUCACUGGGCUGGUGGUCCAGGGGACAGCAAGGAAGAUUUGAAGUGGCUGGACGAGAAGCUGAGGGAUUUCCUCGCCAACAACUGA